AUGGUACAUUCGCUGUGGUACCUCAUCUUGGGAUGUAUGGAAUCGCCAAUCAUCCAGUCCAAUCUGGCAGAUCCACGAGGCAUGCUCGCUGUUGAGCUGAGCUCCACUCGAAAACUUCUUUUCGACAAUCUUUCAAACAACUCCAAGAAUGGACAAGUCUUGCAGGCAAUGGAUGACAUUUGGGCAGUGGUGCGCGAGCUGGGAACUGCUGUGGCCUCCGACGUUGUCGAGGAGGGGCUGGAAACAAUCAGGGAUCUUGCCUCUCUGCGUGCGCUGAGUGACAUCGGCUUCCUGGAAACUGCCUUGAUUCCGCUUCUCACGAACGCCCGCCAGUGGCGCCAAGCCAACCUCACUUCUAGGGUUAGCACCGACCUGCGGUGGUUGAUGAAACUGCUUCCGCGAGGAGAUCGCACUGCUGUGGCUCUGGGGCAUGUUGUUCUUACUUGGGUCAUGCUGAACAGUUUAAGAGCUGACAGCGACGGCUUCGUUCGCAUGGAAAGCGCGUCAUCAAUCACUCAAGCCUGGUGGCUUUCUCAGCAAGCUUCUUCUGUGGCGGUUCGACAAAUUUGUGAGGUCGGCUUCAACGGCGGACAUUCUGCGUGGGCCAUGCUGUCAAGUGCCUUGCCAACAGCACAACUGGUGUCCUUUGACUUGAUAUCGAAAUCUUACACCCGAGCAUGCCAUCGAGUCAUGCGAUCUACGUUUCCGCGCAGGCACAAGUUGGUGGAAGGAUUUUCAAACGUGUCCGUUCCUCACUUCAUAUCGCAAAACAUGGGACAUAAAUGCGACGUGAUUUUUAUAGAUGGCAGCCAUACGGAAGCAGACGCUUCGGCAGAUUUGCUCCACAUGUCAAUGCUGGCCACAACCGGAAGCCUUCUGGUGAUGGAUGAUGUUGGUUGCAAAUCCGAGUUUUGUGAAGGGCCCACCAUUGCAUGGCAUUCCUUCAUCUCAGCUGGCAGAGUCUUGCAAUUGGGGUGCCAAGCAGAGCUGGAACGGAGAGGACCGGCAAGGGAGAUGCUGCGCCUUGUGCAAUUGGCCGUGUAUACAGCUGUGUCAUGGAGGUCGGACAUGGUGUUGAUGCCGGUAGGAUUCGUGCGUGCUCGGCUCGAGCGUAUACUGUGCAUGACGUUCAGGUUGAACAUUUGUUCGAUCCCUGUGUCCAGAUGUCUACAUCGCGGCGUGUUGCCAGACAAGCCCGCGAUGUACUCACAGCCAUCAGAGCCGAAUUGGGGAGCGCCGGCCCCGUACAUGCUGCAGAUGGUGCAAGUGCCCGUCAUGGGCAACUCAGGAGGCACUCAGUUCUCCAACGGUCAGGUGGACCCUCGGUCGAUGCCCGUGGGUUUCUCGCAGCCAGCUUUUUAUGGCCGUGUGCCGGGGACCGACACCGACCGCAACGACACUGGCGUGAGCAAUCUCACGAUGAACGCAGGGUUCAAGUACCCGGGCGACAGCAUCGUAAUGGUUGCUGGUCAAUACCGAGAGGUCCGGCCAGUUCUAGGGCAAGCAACUGCUGCAGGUCGGUUCCACUGCGAGCCGGCCGAGUUACCUCUUGGCUUGCAACUGGACCCUGCGACAGGCACCAUUUGGGGUACGCCGGCGAGCCCACCUGCUAGCAUGGACCCCGCGGGACCAUACAAACAGUUCACCGUGGUGCCACGCCAAGCUGCUUUCCGCUUGCAGUGCUAUCCGAUGAUUUGCCCUGCACCGAUUUCCAGAUGGGCCCCAUGGCACAGUGUGCAGUAG